CUUCCCCGAGUCCGACCGUCCUGAACUUACGGAGCUCUUCCUUCAAUUCUCUCUCCCCGAUCCCCGCGCAACUCCAUCAACGCGUCAUUAUUUACCACUGCAGUUUUUAGGAUCUUGGUAUCCUUGCGCUCUCUUUUACACUUUACAUAGCCCCUCCCUUCAUUUGCGCAUCUCGUUUGCCCACCAUGACCGGCCGUGGAGGCGGUGGAGCUGCUCGCAAGACGCUGCUUGCGCCUAUUCAUUUCAUCUUCAAGCUUCUUCAGCAACGGUCGACAGUGUCUAUCUGGCUUUACGAGCAGCUGGCUUUCCGGAUAGAAGGAAAGAUCCGGGGUUUCGACGAGUUCAUGAACCUGGUCGUUGACGACGCAGUGGAGGUUCGGAUGGCUACCAAGACCGAGGAAGAGAAGCGGAGGCCGCUCGGCCAAAUCCUCCUCAAGGGCGACAACGUCUCCCUCAUCCAGGCCGUCCAGUGAUCUUAUCGGGGCGUUAAGGGAUUGAUUGAAGGGAAAAGGGAAUUUUGUUUUUUUUUAACCGAUCUCGUGCCGUUAUACGACUUUGUUUGCACUUCUUUACCUUUCGCUUUUCACGGAUGUCGCUGGGAAACAAAUAUUGCAUUUCUAGCAAAAUAGACGAACCUAUGGAUCGAUAUGACUCGCUUUCCCGGAAAAUCAGUGUUGGCGCACCAGAGACCGGUCAUCACCGACGAUGAGCAUGUCUACAGGCCAGUCAUGAUCCGCUACCGGUAUCUCUUCGGUCCGGGGAAGCAUUUGCUCCUUGAGAGAUAGGGCAACUGCGCGAGACUUAGUAACAGGCUAUUUCAUGGUUGGUUGCGUUGGUUUCAGGGUGCUUGUUCCUUACCAAGGAAGGGCAACUUCGGCUUUGUUGACCCACCUGCAGCCCCCUCUCUUGAAUACCUUGUCAGAAAAUGAUCAUAAUAGCCUUUACCAUGCC